AGGCUUCACCCUAGCAGCAAGCCUUCAAUCGAGCUCGAUCAGGACAACUCCAACUCUAACACAAGCUGCAGCGACCUACUACUGUCGUUACCCACGCCACGUGCUGUACAAAUGCAUAUCAAUCUGAAUUGGGAUGUUGCUCAACACGCAGCAUCCUCGCUUCGUCGGCAGAUUCAAGCAUUCCACCCUCAAGCCAUGGAAACCCUAGCCACGUCCAUAGACCUCUCGUACUCCAUCAUCCAUACGUCGUGAACGGUGAGCGCAAAGCCUUCUGAGCUGAAAGCAGAUCACAAGUGAAGGCUGUGCUGCUUUUCUGUCCUACAAUUCACCCUUUCCACCAUACUUGAUGUCGAACAUCACAACUAUGGCCCACUACACCACACAGAAGAAGCUCGAUGACGCCGUUAUUUCCGAGUUUCAUCAGCCUCCACCCAGCGAGAACUUGGACGAAUCCAGAUGGGAGCGUUUAUGGCCUACGAUCGCCUGCGGCGCCGGUCUGUUCAGCGAUGGAUACCUCCAAUCCGUUAUUGGACCCGUCAACACAUGUCUGAGCACUCUCUAUGGCGACCAAUACACUGCCAGUUCGGCACAGCAGAACGUUUCAUCAAUUGCCUUUGCGGGGACUGUGGUUGGGCAGCUCGCGUUUGGAUACACGAGCGAUCACUAUUCACGCAAGUGGUCGCUACUGGUCUCGACUGUGAUCCUAUUCGUUUUUGCUGCGCUGGGAGCAAGUUCGUAUGGAGCAGGAGGCAGCGUGAUGGGUCUCUUCGCAGCUCUUACGGCAUAUCGCUUUCUGCUGGGCAUUGGAAUUGGAGGAGAGUAUCCAGCUGGAUCUGUAGGCUGCGCUGAGUCUUCCUGCGAACUGAAAGAAGGCCAACGCAACCGCUGGUUCUGCCUCUUUACCAACACUCAAAUCGACUUGGGCUUCAUCUUCGGCACUUUGGUUCCCAUGAUUAUCGCCCGUGCUGCGCCUAAUAAUCUCGGCCUCGUCUGGCGCCUCUCUCUGGCUUUGGGAGUGAUUCCGCCACUAAGCCUCAUGUACCUCCGGAUCCGACUCAAGGAACCUCAAUCCUACAUCCGUGAAGGAUUCAAGAAUACAAAGACCCCUUACUGGCUGGCUCUCAAAUUCUACGGGCCUCGAUUAUUCCUAGUCUCGACCAUCUGGUUCAUCUAUGACUUCCUCACAUAUCCUUUCGGUAUCUAUAGCUCGACAUGGAUCAAAGUGAUUCAACCCGACUCCGCCCUCUGGCAAACCUUCGGCUGGUCUGUACUCGUGAACUUCUUCUACCUGCCGGGCGCUAUCCUCGGUGCUUUCACCUCCGACUGGAUGGGUCCUCGUCUGGCGCUGAUGAUAUUUGUCGCUGCCCAAGGUGCUCUCGGAUUCGUCAUGUCCGGCUGCUAUACCUAUCUCAAGGAGUCCCAAAACAUCGCCGGCUUCGUGGUAGUCUAUGGCAUCUUUUUAUCUCUCGGCGAGAUGGGCCCUGGCGACAACAUUGGCCUUGUAGCAUCCAAGACAUGCGCGACUGGCAUCCGAGGCCAAUACUACGCAAUUGCAGCGGCCAUCGGAAAAAUUGGAGCGUUUGUUGGCAAUUACAUUUUCCCAUACAUCAUCAAGGCUGGAGGCGGAGCACACACAACUCGAGGAGGACAGUAUCCUUUCUACGUCGCCAGUGCACUGUGCUUUUUCAGUGCGUUCUUGGUCUGGUGUCUCCCCACAAUCAAUCAGGACGCUAUUGAAAAGGAAGAUAUCGAGUUCAAGAAAUAUCUGGAACUGCACGGCUAUGAUACUACGAAAAUGGGUGAUGGAAGCUCGGGACAAGUGAGCCACUUUACCGUGGACGAGAUUGUCAAGGAUGAUCAUUGAGAUGUGCAGCUGGAGAACCCAUAAUGACUUUCUGCUUGCUGGGCUGGAGCAGCAACGAAAGCCUGAAUCGACGCCCCCUCACACACAAUCUACGGUCAAUAACUAUUGACGCAAGAUCUUUACGAUAUAUUCAGCCCUCAUAUCCCGUCAAAAUCAACUCAACC